AUGGCGUCUGUUGUUGAAUCUCUUCCUCAGGGACUUGUCUCCCAUUCUCAGCCCCAAAAGUCCGCAGACACUUCUGUCCUGGCCGAUUGGGAGAUCCAAGCUGAGAAAUGCCGUAAAGUACUCCGAGAAUCUCUCAACCCAGAUUGGCUUCUCCCAGCUAGGCAACUUCCACCUGCUGACCAACUCAAUGUUUCUACUUUCAUCGAGACAUGCGGCUUCAUUUCAGCACGAGAGUUGGAGAUCACAGCUACCAGUGCAACGAAACUGGUGGAACAAAUGGCCUCUGGCUCUCUGACGGCUAUUGAGACUGUCACUGCAUUUCUCAAGAGAGCUCAUAUCGCACAUCAACUGACCAACUUUGCAACCGAGUUCAUGAAUGCUGAUGCACUCGAAGCCGCUGCUGAACUUGAUGCGUACUUCAAGGCAACCGGCAAAAUCAAGGGGCCCUUGCACGGUAUCCCGAUCUCGACCAAGGAGCAUAUUGAACAUAAGGGACGGAUUGCUCAUUCGGCUUACGUCGCCCUUAUUGACAACGUUUCUGAAGAAGACGCCCUGAUUGUUCAGUGUUGCAAGAAGGCUGGAGCAGUAUUCCAUGUGCGAACGAAUGAACCUCAAAGCGUAAUGCACAUUGACUGUUCCAACCCAAUUUACGGCACGACUGUGAACCCGCACAACCGAACAUUAACAUGCGGCGGCUCGAGCGGAGGAGAAGGUGCUUCGUUGGGACUCCGUUGCGCAGCCUUGGGCAUUGGUACCGACCUUGGAGGUUCUGUUAGAGUACCCGCUGCCUUUUGUGGCGCAUAUGGACUGAGGACUACCGCACUGCGAAACCCGUACAAAGGCGUAUGUCUCCCUGGUGCUGGACAAGAGAGCAUCCGAUGCGUUAUCUCACCUCUAGCCAAUACUGCAGAAGACCUUGGCCUCUUUCAGAAAGCUGUUCUUGAUCAGGAACCUUGGGAGAUUGAGACAUCGCUGGUACCUCAGCCUUGGAAGCAGACCAACCCCCUAAAGCCUGGCAACUUCACUAUUGGUGUCAUGUGGGAGGAUGGUCUUGUCCGACCCCAUCCCCCAGUCCUUCGCGCGCUUCAACACGCCGUCGAGAAGCUCAAGGGUGCAGGCGUUACUGUAGUCGACUUUGAGCCAUACAACCAUCAGGAAGGCAUGGAUAUUGUUUCGAGACUUUACUUUCCUGAAUGUGCUGUAACACAGAAGGACCUCUUGGAAAAGGGGGGAGAGCCUGUAGCGCCGCUGUCUGACUUUAUCUUCAACUUUGCCCCCCCUAAGCCACUUAGUGUACAGGAGAACUGGGCUUUCAACGUCCGGAGAGACGCCUUUCGAGAGCAGUACCACAAGAUCAUGAAGGAUCGAGGUGUUGACUAUAUCCUAUGCCCUGCCUAUGUUGGGCCAGCUGCAAAGUUGGGCGAUGGCCAUUACAUUCCUUACACGGCCAUUUGGAACGUUCUCGAUCAACCGGCAAUUACAUUUCCGACUGGGCUGAAGGUUGAGCCAACCGAUACACCAUACUUUGACUUCAGACCCCGAUCGGUCGAGGAGGAAAGAGAGUAUAAGAAGUACUCGCCCAAGGAGUAUGCUGAAGCUCCUUUGGCGCUGCAAAUUGUCGAUACCAAAUUACGUGCCAAAACUGGCUGCGUCACUUGUCAACAACGGCGAGUCAAAUGUGAUGAAGAGAAGCCAUCAUGUCGCAACUGCUCUCGCUUUGGCCGCAGCUGUUCAUGGCCCAAAGCUAACGACAUGGCCGAUAGAAGGCACCGCCGUCGACGUGUAACUCCUGUUCUUUCGCCAUCCACCACGGAUAGCACCUCCUCGCCCAAGAAUGACAAGAUCUCACAUGACAUCGUGCCCAUUCCGAAUAAUAGGCCAUCACUUGCAACCAUCAACCAUCCCCUUUUCGAAACAGAAGCCGAGUUUGAGUUGAUGCAUCACUUCUACAACUUUCACUUCACCUCUCUUACUCUUCCCACAAAGGACAAGGCAUACUUUCUUCAGUGCCAGUCAGACCUGAUGAAAAUGAUUUCAAACAACAAAACCAUCAAAUAUGCUAUACUGGCCAACUGCGCUUCUAACAAGCAUGUCCUGUUGAACAAUGAUCGGUAUCGACUAAUCGCUUUGCGAUACUACACAGAAGCUAUGAGAGGGCUGAAUCAAGAACUUGUGGACUUUUGUCCAUCAGAUGCCUAUCGACAUUCGUGUUUAUUAACGGUAGCAUCAUACCUAUACGUUUACAAUUUCUGGAGUCUUGAUGCAAUGUCGAACCCGAAACCUCACGUUAUCGGGGCUGUAAAGCUGCUCAGCUUGAGGAACCGAGACAACGGUUCAUUGAGGCCAUUCACUCAAAGCUACGACAGGAUCAAUGUUGAAAGCGUGCUGUAUCAGGGCUUUUUGCUAUCUAUCAGGAGGCCAUUCAGGCCCGACUUUCGGCUGGACUCUGAAUUCAUCACCCAUGCUGAAGAUUUGCUUCGCUCAUACGACAACGCAAAUCCAUCUUUCUCAAAACCAAGCAUCGUGCUUGGAGUACCCACGUCCCUAUAUCGACUCAUAUUGCGGAUUAUUGACUCUUAUAAUGUCCCUCGAAACAGACUUUUAGAUCACCUGAUAGGCUUGAAGAUGGAGCUGCAGUACUGGGAGCAAUUGUUACUCGAUGAUCAAGACAGUCAGAACGUUCAUCAUGGUGAUUCAUGCUUCAAUGACCUGAUGAUAAUCGCAACUUCACUCCUUCUGGAUCUAAUCACAGAAACCCUGGCGUCACGGGACGAUACAGACUGUCCUCUCGUUUCGGUUGAAGAUGCUGGUGGGAAGCCUUGGAGAUGGCAACUCGAUUUAGCCAUGAAUAUUCUUCAAUGUCCCGAGGAACAUCAAAAAUGGAGUAGUUGUUACCUAGGAGCAUGGCCAUUGUUGAUACUCGGGUAUGGUGCCAGGUCAAUCGAAGAGAUUACUCUGGUGAAGGAUAUCUUGACAAAGAUGCAACAGCGCAUAGGAUAUGGCGAGGUUCAGAGAAUACGGGAAGAGCUGGAUGAGAUCACAACGUAUAAGGUUCCAGAUGGUCGAAUGUACCAAGAACUUCUCAGUCUCCCUCCACCGGAUUAG